CCAUGUACUUUUUUUUUUCUCUGAGUCUAAUCAUAUCAAAUAUGGACAUAUAAUUCCGAAAACAGGCUAGUAAAACUUGUACAUACUCACUGAACACGUAAACUGGUCAGAGCAAUGGACAAAAGCAUCGAAAACAUCGACGGCACUCGGUUUCCGAGGUGGGGAGCAUCGUCCGGAUUCCCAACUUCAUUUCUAUUGUAUAUAAAUGGUUUAACAUGGAAGAGCCGAAAACAAAGCAAUUCGACGACGCGUACGAGAAAAUUUACGGUGACGAGUGUCGGAUUUGUUUGAAAAGGGCUGCUGAGAUUUGUGAACUUUUUCGGAAUGGAGAUACUAUAUCCCGUAAACUUAUGGCUGUUGCCUCCGUAAAGAUUGAAGAAGGAGAUGGUUUACCUUCGGUGAUUUGUUCGCUUUGUAAUCAACGUUUGGACGCAUCAUACGAUUUUCGGUGUCAGAUACAAAACUCGGACACAAAGCUACGUGAAAUUCUAAAACUCAAAUCGUCCUCUAACAAUUCUGUAAGCAGUGCCAGUAUAGUUACAGCGAUAAUCGCUGAUGUUAUAUCCAGUGUAAUAUCUUCUGAAAAGGAGAACACAGAAAAGCAAGAAGUUUGUACAACAAAUUUUUAUUCAGACAAUUUCUGCUUCACGAAAGAGGAGACGUCGUUCUGUCUCACUCCAGAGAAGAAUCUGUUCUGUUAUGAGAAGGACAGUCAAUUAAAUAAUAUAGAGGAGAGAAAGAGUCUAAAUAAUGUAAAUGUUUAUAAAAGUUUAUUGGAUGAUGAUUCUGUUAGACAGAUAAAUCCGAUGAAAGAAGAAGAAUUGUCCUCGUUGCACGAUCACAUGGUGCAGCAGGAUACUUCUUUAAAAGAAGACCGUAACGAGAUAAUAUCGGAUAAUCAUCAAAUGUUAGAUGAAUCAUCGAGAACUGAUGGCAUUCAAGACGAAGAAGAGAAACCAUUGAUUGCACGCACAACUAGAUUGCGUUGUACACAGUGUAUCAAAUCCUUCCGUUCGAAAAUAGCCUUGCAGAGACACGCUAUUGUACAUAAACGUAAAACUAAGCUACGUUACGUCUGCUAUGUGUGUGAUAAACAAUAUUCGACGUUGGCGAAAGUUAAAAAUCACGUCGCAAUUUGUCACGAAGCGCAUGGUAGGAAAGAAAACAUAGAAGACAAGAGAGUGAAUUAUGAACAGAGUCUACAAGAUAAAAGAAUUAACAAUAUUCAAGAUAAAAGAAUAAAAUUACAAAAAACUGAUGAUUCCUCUAAAGAGCAACGAAGAAGCAUGAAAUAUACGUGCAAAGUGUGUUCGAAACAAUUUACGUAUCAGAAAUCUUUUAUUACGCAUGCCAAGAGUCACCCGGAAUAUAAAUCAGAGGAAUUGGACGAUACCUCUCAGUGUUCGAUGAAAGAAAGAUCGACCGAAGCCGUUGAAGAGGAUGACGAGAAUGAAGAGGAAGAAGAUGAGGAGGACGAGGAAGACGAGAACCUACCCGCCAAAAGCCUACAGUGUACUCAGUGUGGGAAACUAUUUGCUACGAAAAGAAAUCUGAAAAGGCACAUUUCCACGCACAGUGGAUUGAAGUAUACCUGUGGAACAUGUGGCAAAGGAUUCUCGAGAGUAGACAAAUUAAAGGAUCACGAGCAAUCGAAACACAAGUCCGAAAUGUUUGAUAGCUCCGAUAUGGAUGACAAAGAUGACAUGGAUAGUAUGAGUAAAGUCGACAUGGAAGGAAGGAAGAAGGAUCGUCACAACAGACCGCAUAAAUGUGCAAUCUGUCCGAAAUCAUUCGCUCAGGCUCAGUCGCUAGCGAAUCACAUAGAACGUCAUAAACGAGUAAAGGAGACACAGAAAAGGUUUCUGUGCGAGGUCUGCAGCAAGUGUUUUGCCCAAAGCGGAUCUUUGGUGGCGCACAUGCGAACGCAUACAGGCGUCAAACCAUACGUUUGCAAUGUCUGCAGCAGGGCCUUCACCAAGAGCACUUAUUUGCAACUGCAUCUGCGUACUCACAGCGGAGAGAAGCCUUAUAUUUGUCAGUAUUGCAGUAGAGCGUUCGCCCGCGCCAACACUUUGGCACGGCAUAUAACAAUGCAUACGGGCGAGGCGAAGUACCAUUGCCAAAUUUGUACGAAAUCGUUCAGAAGAUUAACCUCGUUGAAUGAACACACGUACACGCAUACGGGGCAAAGGCCGUAUGCCUGUAAGAUUUGCACGAAACGGUACAACAACGCGGGCUCACUUUAUGCGCACAGGAAAAAGUGCAAAGCGCAGCAAAUGUCGAAUACUGGAUUUGCGGUUUCGGUGAAUAACUCUGUGCAAAACUCGCAACAGGAUUCUGUGAAUGUUUCACAAGUUUUGAUUUAUUCGCAAAGGAAGUUGGUGGAGGAUGCCACCGUGGGCCAAGUGACGCCCACGCCCCAGUACAUGAUCCCCAACGUACACAGUCAAAAAAAUCCGGGAUCGAAUAUUAUCCAGCCGUUUACGGUUGAGGAUCCAAACGUUUAUACGAUUAACUCGAAGCAAUUCAAGAACCCCUAUUAUACGAUAUAUCCCAACAUGUAACAUAUUAACGACUGCGAGAGAUUUAUUAAAGAAUGACUUUUUUAGAUCUA